AGUACGCUUCUGUCACUCGUCCGGCCAACAACACGGCGCGCUUGCUCCGCUCAGGUCCGCUCCGAUCCGCUUCGCAUCGAUCCGCCUCGAUCCAUACCGCUCGUCGACGUCAGUCGCCCACUGCAGUUGUCGUUCGAAAGUGUCUCGCUCGGCGGCUCCAGCGGCGAUCCGAUCCAACCAAACGAGUUACAAGCACUUAGCUGCACUUGCGAAAACAAUUACAUUGUGCAAAUCAACAGAAAGAGACGGAACGUGAGAAAAUGCACAAUUUGUGGAAUCGAAACUGGAGCUGGACUCUGCUGAUUUUCCCGGUCCUGCUCCUUCUCUCGGUGGCAAGUUCGGAGGAAUGCGGUCAGGAGGAGUUCUCACAGUGCGCCGAACCACUUGAUAUGCUGCAGUUAACGUCGAACUUCUCGAUUGGCCCGGCCAAGAAGGAGGAACUGGAAGAACUUUGUCAUGAGCUGCGCAAGGGAGUGAGGUGCAUCCAGAGUUACACCCGCCGUUGCAUGGAUCUGCAGCAGAGGAGUCAGUUCAACAAGCUCUAUCAUGGAACCAACCAGUACAUCAGGGAUCUGUGCAACAAGGGCAAGUUCCAGGACGAGUACCUCAAGCACGUCCGCUGCUCCGCGAAGGCCAAAGAGGAGUUCGAGGUGUGCUCCAAUCGGUAUAAGGAGACCAUGGUGUUCCUGAAGCCGAACAAAAACCAGGAGAACUCGGGAAAUGGGACCCUCAACGAGAAUAUUAAAACCAUUUGCUGCUCUAUCAAUAAACUUGUGGAUUGCUCUGAAAGUGCUGCCCGAAAGAUCUGCGGCGACGAAGCGGGCCAGUUCACACGUGAACUGGUGGACAAAUAUGCCAACAGCCUGACAAAAAUCUACUGCGAGGACUUCAACCGAAAUAAAACCCUGUGCCGGAAUGGCGAUGAGAACGGCUCCAGUCGAAUGGGUCCGAAUCUGAGCAGCUUAAGCCUUCUUUUUACAGGGACACUACUUACACUGCUGGUCAGCAGAGUAAACAGAUAGAUGGAAGAACCGCAGCUAAGUGCAAAUAUAUAGAACCAGUCUUACCAAAACGGAAUUAUGCUCCGCAAAAGAGGAGAGAAGAAGGAAAAAUAGUUAAGGUUUCCCCCAUCACACCGAAAGAAUUCCACACGCUGUUGCAUACUUUUGGCUGUCAGUUUAGGUCACAAAAAUCCAUAGAAGAGCCCCUGAGAAAUCGAAAGGAGUAAGCUAUAAAGUAAAGUACUUGUUAAGCAUGUUAUGUAUACCAGUAUGCAUAUAAAUAGAGGAUCGGAGAGCGGUGUCAAGCAUAGCUAAGAUCGUAUAUAUACGGAUAUGUAUGUUACUAUAUAAAGGAUAUAGGCUAGCUAGUUAGAAUCAGUGUUGAGUGUGGCAGGCAGGUUAGUUGAUGUUGGCCUUACUUUCCAAUCGUCGUCGAUCGUGCAAUACUAGAGUUUCGUUGAGUUUGUUGAAGUUGUCCAGGCUUUAAGUGUAGACAUAUUUUAGAUAAUACCCUUAAGUUUCACAAAUCGUUGUUAGCUGAAGUUAGAGCGCGCCCCUACCCACCUUUGGUUAAUUUGCAACACCAAAAAUGUACUGCGCUGGAUGUGUGUGUGUGUCCCCAAAGGAUUUUGAAGUGCUGAAUCCGAAUGUGGCCAAAAUGGACUAUCACCAUCUAUUAGGAACACAUACCCGCAUCAUAGUAUAUUUGCAUACGUCAAUUUCUGUUACCCAGUGCAAUCGAAAAACGCACAUACACCUCUAAGCGCACAAGAAAAAAUCCCCCGGGGAUUUGCUCACAUAUCGGCAAUAACUUUACAUAAACUAAAAGUGCAUUUCUGUGAAUCAGGAUUUUAUAAAUUAUUUAUAAACUUAUUUAGUGGAUAGCGUAUAUUUAUUUCAAACACUGUAAAUACCUUUAAAAAAAAUAUUCAAAUUGGGAAAUAUGCAUAAAAAAUAUUAGUUUAACUUAAAAACACACACACACACCUACUUACAAAAACUGUGAAUAUAUAUUAUGAUUAAAGAGUAACAUUUAUUUUAAGUAAAACACACACAUGCAUAUGCAAGGAAAAACAAUAAAAAACGAGAAAAUAAAUUAACGCAAAAAAGUGUGA